AUGAUUAGCUGUAAUAUAAAGAAAAGAAAUGGAUCAGAAGAUUGUAGUGGUAAUUCCUCAUUUUGUUCUUUAGAAACAGAAAUUUUAAAUUUAUAUAAAAAAGAUGAUUAUAUGAAAUAUUGCUUUGUUAGCGAUAAUAUAGAACCAAUAGCAUUAGAUGAUGAAAUUCAUAUUUUAAAAAAAGUUGAACAAGAAUCGUUUAAAUUAAAUGAUAUAUUAAAAUCAUUAGAAACUAAAAAAGAAAAAGAAAAGUCUGAUAUUCUUUUAUCAGAAUAUGAAAAGCAUGAAAUAAUUGAAAAUGAAAUAGAAGAUGAGGAUAGGAUUAAUUGUGGAAUAUUUUUACAUGAUGUUAAUAUAAUAGAUAAUUCAAAUAAUAAUUUUUUGUCUGAUAAUAUAUUUGAUAAAAGCUCUAAUCCUAUAAGCAUAAAGGGUGAUGUAUUUAUAAAAAAUAUAGUAGAAUUUCAAGAUCUUUCUCCUUGUGCUUCUUCUUAUGAAGUAUAUAAAAUAGAAUGGUUUUUAGGUUUAGAUAUAAAUGAUAAUCGGGUUCAUGAAAUAGUACCAAUUCAUCAAGGAAAGAAUUUUCAAAUUCCUUUUGAGGCAUUAGGAAAAUAUAUAUUUUGUAAAGCCUAUAGGCGUAUAUAUAAAAAUUUUAUAUUUCAAGAAAAAGGGAAAAAUAGUGUUUUCGAUCCUCAUACAUCUACUACUAAGCCUAUUAAAUUUAAAAGGAACCCGGAAUAUAUAGAAUUUUUUUCAGUUGCCUCUAAAGGUCCAGUUUUAAUUUCUUUAGAUGUUUCUAUGAAAAUUUUAACACAUUUAUGUAACAAUAAUUAUUCUGUUAAAGUAAUUAUUGAAGAUCCUUUAGAUAAUUUAUAUCAUAUAUCUUCACCAUCUUCUUCAGAUGAUGAUAUGACAUAUACUACCACCACAAAUUCUACACAAGAAAAGAAUUAUGAUCAAUCUUUUCUCACUACCUUGUCUAUCAAUUUUAAUGAAAUAGAAUUCGAUUUUUCAAACGAUUAUAAUGGCAUAGAAAGUAAUCUGAAAAAAAAAGAAUCAAUAUUUAAUUUUUUCAAACUUUUUGGAUUUAAUCAUGGUAAUUCGUCAUUAUUGAAAGAGGAAAAUUCAAAUAGUUUGGGUAACGAAAUAGUUUAUAAAAAAGGAGAUGAAGUAAAAUCAAAAGAAAAUAAUAACUAUAAUAAACAAUUUUAUAAGAAAAAAAUAGUUUUUAAUAUUUAUGAAGUAGAAUUCCGAUUGUCUAAUAAAGAAGACUGUAUAGUAAUAACGAUUGGUUCUGAUUUACAAAAAUCAUUCAGACAUGUGAAAUAUAAAAUGAUAAAUAUUAAAUCUUAUGAAAAAAAUACUUCUAUAAAUGAAUUGUGGCUGAUAUUGUUAGCUUUUAAAUCUGCUUAUUCAUAUAAAAAUAUCUUUAAAAAACAUUCCAAAAUAAUUUACAGAAAUACUAAUAUCUCUUUUAUACAAAAUAUGUUAAAUAAAUAUUUGAUUAAGUCAGCGACAAAAAAUGUAAAUGAAAAAUUACCUUUUCAUAAAAUAAAUACAAUAUUUAAUGAAACUUGA